AUGGAUACUAUUGGAAUAUUGGUAUGCUACAAUGGAAGUUGGGUUCGGAAGGAUAACAUUGACAGUUAUGAAGGUGGGGAGGCUAAAGGCAUAAUAGUGUCACGGAACAUAACGUUUCCUGACCUUGUUAAGCGUAUUUAUAAGAUCGUGGAUGCAGAUCCUAACAAAGACAUUGUGACAUUGAAGUAUUCAGUUCCUCUAUCCUCAUCUGUCUAUAAGCACAUAAGGGUUGAAGACAAUGAUGAUGUUCAAUAUUUUGUAAAGUACAACACAGAUGUUAUGGCCUCUAAAGUAACCCCUUAA